AUGCACAAUAUACUGCUGCAGCGCAGCUCUAUUCUGAACGGGCGGGAGCCACUGCCGCCGCGGCGGGCCCCUGUGUAUUGCCGGCACCUCAGCGAUGUGGAGUUGCACAAGAACUCGACGGAGUUGUCGCUUCACGCCAUUUGGUCGCGAUGGCGCGAGGGGCGUUACAACGAGCUUACCGAGGAGCUCGUGCGCGUAGGGGACCUCAUCCAGAGUAAGGAGGAGAUUAAGUUCUCAUCGGAGUUUUUAGCGUUUGGCGGGAUCGACGUCUACUGCUUUAUUCUGUGUGACCCCUUCACCCCGCUCAACUUCUUGAAGGACCGACCCACGGGGCAUCAGCGCUACAGCGCUUUCUCAGAGCGUCGCCUCCAGCGCAGCGUCGAGACCAUUUUAGGCAUCUACUCGGAGAUCAUGCUGCAGUUAACGGAUCUGCUCGCGAAUCAGAACGACCUGGGCUGGGCGCUGUACGACCGCUGCCCUGGACUCUUCUACCGCCUCAUUGAAUUCUUAGAGGACAGCACCCUUUGGACGUCCGCCACCGGGCUGCUCGAGCACGCCCUGUCGUGCGUCGGGCCGGUAAUCGAAAUUAGCAAGACGCCCUCGCUGGUGAAGGUGCUGCGUGGCGCGUCGCUGAGUGCGCUGGCGGCGUUCUGCCGUUUCUUAGCGCUACUCAUCUUGCCGGGCCUCGCGCAAGGGCAGAACCCGAUCGCGGCGCGCCGUCUGCACUACCCCGAAAGCGUUGUCGUGCUGCGACAGGUCCAGCGGGUCGUGGACAGCAAUGUGCUGUGGCUCAUUGGCGAGGAAGGCCUUGUGGGGUCGCUCAUCCGCUUGUGUGAGCUGCGACCGAGUGGGCUGCGUGUGCAGCAAGGCGGCCGGUCGAUGAUGAUGCCACCCGCGGUCGCAACGACGAUGACGCUCGACGCGAACGGUAACAUCACGACAGGUGAGCGUGGGGGGCCUGAAAAUGCAAUGGCCGACGCGGCGGAUAGCGAGACGGCGUGGGAAGACGAUGAGGCCGAUGAAGAAGGAGAAGAGGAAGACGGGGCCUGGCAGGACACGGAGGGCAGCGGCGCUUCUGGCGCCAGCGACGGCACGGCGGACUUUCUUGUGGACGGCUCGUCACUGCCGACAUUUUUCGCCGGUCUUGAGCGCCUUCUCGGCAUUCGGCAAAACGCAGCAUCUAUGCCACUUCCACGCGCAGCUCUACCGACGUCGUCCUCGCAGCCUCAAGGCCGUCAGGGUGCAGCGGCAGCGGCAAACAACACGGCAGGAUCGCCGUUGGCGCGUAUUGGCGGCAACAUGGCCGCACGUCCAACACCAGCGGCACCACAGCCACCGCGGCAGCCGCAGCCGCCACCUCAGCAGCCGCGUGGUCCCGCUGCGCCUCUCCUCGUACCGAUGCCCCCCAUGGAUGUGUUUACGCAAGCCAGCGUGACCGAGUACAUUCGCUCCGCAAUGCGGAUGGACGGCCUCGGGGAGGCAGUGGAGGGGAACGGGGCAGGCGCCGGCCCCCCUGGCAAUCAGGCCGACGUAAACUUGAACGUAGAGCUGGAGCGCUUGCUGAACGGCCUCGGCGGGUCGCAGAACAUCGCUGAGCAGAUGGAGCUCCUCCGCCGCACCGCACCUAACCAGUUCCAACCGGAGGAUUCGUCACGGGUGGUGCAGUGGAUGCUCGACCGCAAUCUUCUCGAGGAAGACGGGAUGGACCAGUCGUUUAAGUCGUCGAUGGAGAUUCAGUGGUGGAGCGGCGCCGUGGACACACGGCAGCGCUGGCGCCUGUGUGACCCGUCAUUGCUGCCGCAGCGGGACGACAACCGCCGCGAGUUCAUAGCGAACGCGACGCGACGGCAGUGGAGCCUCAGCGUUCACCAAGUCAGCCUUAGCGAGUUCCUCAGCGCGAACACACGGCUGAACCAGCAGCUGUUUGAGGCGCUGCCGCAGGUGCGCGAAAUUGCCGGCCUCGACGUCUACGGGGUUCAACGCAUCGUGGAAUCGCAAAGCGAGGUGCUCUUUCUGCUGAACAUGCUGCUCUCGACGUUUUACUUCAGUGAUGCGUGGCGGCUGCUGCGCGACUGUCGCUGGGUGCCGCGCUCGGCGCCGAUGAUGGCGGCAGCCUUUGGCUUGGACCCGACCCUGCCAGCGUUGGUCGACGUUCCGCCCCACGUCAACCUCUCCGAGGAGGUGCGCUCCCUCCCGCGUUUCUUGUCGCCUCUUUCGGCCAACCCUCAUGUGUCGUGCGGCGCGACAGCAGCGGCGAAGUCUGUGGCGCUUUCCUUCCCGCCCUACCCGAAGAACUGGCGCAUCGUGCCAUUCCUCGAGCUGCUCGGCGAUAACGCGAGCACCUACCUGAAAGACCCAAACCAGAUGACGGAGGAGGAACUGGACAACCACCAGCACGGCCCCGACACGAUGCGCAAAAUGGAGCUGCUGCGCGGGCUCUACGAGUACUGCAACGCGCAGGACCGCACGGAGCAGGCGAUGGUGGUGGCGGACGAGGAGGUGGUGGCCAGCGCCGCCAGGAACGCCGAGGCCAUGGCGGCGGUCAUCCUUCGCGACCGCGAAGACAGCUGCGUGCGCAUCGGUCUCUACCAAACGCUCGAGUCCUACCUUCGUACGUUUCUCUACGGCAUUGAUGACCGCGAUGACCCGACGUCGCCGCAGACCACACUCGGCUCCAUGCUGAUGCCCGCCAUGCUGGAGCGCGUCUACAACGGCACGCGCAUCUCGGGCCUGAACGGGUCGAUGGUACCGUCGAAGCUGCAGUCGAAUAUGUUCUCCCUAUUGGGGGAACUGGUGCGCUACCACGGUGGCAACCUCAAGACCCUCUGCACGUACGUGACCGGCGAAGUGGACCUGUCGCAUCUGAACGAGGCGAUCAGCAAUGCGAACCGGCAAAACCCCGUCAUCCUCUCCGCCGUUCACGAAGAGGUCGAGGAGAUCUUAAAGCGGCCACCGCUCGAGCGCGAGGAGCACGAGCCGUUUGGAAGCGUGGUGCUGCGCCGCCUGCUGACCUUCGGCGUCGACACGCACCUCUUCCUCCGCUCCCUGCUGUUGUCCCUCACGCCGGGGCUGCGCUCCCGUGGGAACUACCUCUCCAAGCCUGUCGACGACUCCAUCGAAGAUGUGCGGCUGCCGCCCGCCCCUCCAGGUAUCGGACGGACGAGCGACAUCAUCUCCGGGGAUGCGGUGCGCAUCGCCUACAUCAUCCGCACGUCCCGGCAGUACGCCCGCGAGAUCAGUCUCGCGCCGAAGGAGGGUCUGCAGCGCACCGAGCUGCUGCAGGAGCUGGUGCAGGCGCUCGCGCGGACACCGCAUCGGCAGCCACCGGAGCAGCGGCCUUUUCCUAGUUUGUUUCGUGAAGCGAGCGACACGGUCUUGCUUCAGGGACGAGCUGCUCUACCGCCGGUGGGUCCGCCACGACGUCUGCGUGCGCCGCUCUUCGGACGCCAGCGCACGUGUGACGCAGAACUGACGCGCAUCAUCGAUGCCCAAGACGAGUCGCGCUCGAUCGAAGAGCGCACCGCCACUGCGCACCGCGAGGUGUUUCAGAACUCCGUCAUCUCCGACGCGAAGGUGUUGGCUGACAUGGCUCCCCUGGCACGGUUGCUGCUCUCAGAGCCGCACAAACUCGUCUUCAGUGCGCUGUGCGGGCUGAACAUCGAGGCCAUGGAGGACAACACGCGUCUUUCCGUCGUGACCACGGUCCUGCUGGUGCUUCUGCGGGUGGCGAUAGUUGGCGACGGGGUGCCCGAUGCCCCGCCGACGUGUUCCGCAGACGACGCCGGCCUUCCCAGGAAGGCGGCCGAUGCGGAGACUGGCAUACGGGCGGUGCUGGACAAGAUGCGGCCGUUUGCGCAGCACGGCUACGAGACGUGGCUGUCAAAGGAGCAGGACUACCGUGCAAGGCAGGCGGAGAAGCGCCGCGCAGCCGCGUUGCUCGCCGCUGCGCGCGAGGGCCGCCACUUCCGCAGUCUGCAGGAGGAUGAUGGGGUGUGCAUGUGUGACUGGCGCGACACGGCGACCUCGGAAGAGGCGGAGGCGGAGACGAAACUGCGCAGCAGGGUGGCCACGCUGCCAGACGAGGGGGAGGAGGAGGAAGGCUCGAUGACGCUCGACGCGCCAUCCAUCGUCCCGCGCAACAACAAACACAACAAAAAUAGCAAUUACGACAGUAUCGACUUCGGGGUGUCGCCUGUCGUCUCACGGGGUGUGCCGGCACCCGACCUGCUGCGGUGGCGGUGCCCCGGGCUGAUGUGCUACGGCUGCUGUGACCCGCCGCAUGAAGGUAGUGUGUACCAGCGCGAGUUUGGCGGCUGCUUCUACCGCAGCUUUUUCCGUCUGCUUUGCCUCUGGAUCGGCUACUACGCCUCGUGCCAGCGCUACGUCGCCACGGUGUUCUUCAGCACGGAGGUGGCUUUUGCAGAAUACAAAACCGUCGCGUUGUUCUUGCUGCGCAUCUUGCCAGACUACUUCAUGCCUCGCUACUCGGAAGUGAUGGCGUCGUCAUGA